UUCCUAUCAUCUUAAGGAAGCACGCACGGACUCACGCACGCGCGCAGUUUGCAGAAAGGACGACCGGGACUGUCCGUUCAGAGUAUAAUGCCGCGUCUCUCCAAGACGACGUGCAUCUUCACCGCCUUCCUGUCCGGGGCUUUGAUCUCCGCGUGCCAAGCGGCCCCGAGCUGCGGAGAAGUCCGGUGUGCCGAGGGCCAGCAGUGUUGCCCGCCAACCGUCACUGGUAACGGCAGCGCGAGUCCUGCGGUACGCUGCUGCAAGCUUCCCAUCAACAUCUUCUUCGACAACGUGGGAUGGGUGACACGGAGGUUCUCCGGCAUCCUCAUCCUUCUUCUCCUGUUCGCCAUGGGAUACUUCAUACAGCAGAUAAUUUGCCCGCGGCAGCGCCGACCACCGAACAACGACAGACCAGACGAUCCGUCGCUGUUCCACGUGCAUGCCACUGCGUCCCAGGACUCGCUGCUUGACCGCUACUCUGAAUACAGCCUGGCUGACUUCACUUCUCCCAACCUACCGACCUACGACGAGGUGAAAUACCUACCGACGUACGAGGAAUCAAUGCAAGACAUGCACAGAGACCGGUCAGAUGACAACUUGUUGGCCCAGGAUGACGGCACUGCUCCGGACAGAGGCAGGGCAGCGGGACCGGGCAGAGCCAGGGCAGGACCGGGACUCCGGGAUGAGAGACAGGAUAUGCUGGAAAUGUCAGGGCACAGCACACGAGCUUGCAGGAACUCGGUCUGAGGGAAUGACACACAAUGACACUUAGUAGGAUAGCCCAUAUGUUUGUUUUAUUUUAAUAUCAAAAGAAAAUAUUUGAAUUGAUAAAUUAAGCUAUUGUAAGUGCAAUUAUAAGUUGCUACAAUGAAUGUUGAAAAUUAACGUGGACUUUUUUCUGUUCUAGUCUGAAUUUGGUGGUCUACUUGCUCUACCCUGAGAUAGAGAGAUUCUAUACAUUUAGCAGACGCUUUAAUCCAGAGCGAUGAUGUUCAAGAGUAGCUUUUCAAUAAAACAAGGAUCUGAGGCGCAUGAUUACAAUAUUUAACGAUUAAAAUAAGUUAAGUCUUUCUACAGUGAUUCUGUACCUCGCGAGACCGUUUUCUUUCCUUUCCUGCUCGAGCCACGAUCACCAAAACUCCUGUCAGCAGGAUCUGAAAGUUUAUUUAACUUCAUCUAUUUAAUUUCAGUUAAAUGUGAAUGUUUAUGAAGGGACAGGCUCGUUGUGGCUUGAGUUUCUCACACUUCGCGCCGUGCCGACGUCCUCGCGCAUCUGUAUGUGAACAACGUUUGGUAACGUCAGCACAUCCAUUUAUUCCAAAUCAGUAGGCUUUCAGCAUGACUGCAGGGUUCUCUCUUUGAGCCAGCCCCCCACACACACAGACACACACUCAUGCAUACAGACUCACAUACAGACACAUAGUCAUGAACCUGCAGUCAGCGUAGAGGGCCU